UGAAACCCUCACCUUGUAUGAAAAAACAACCUUCAGUGGUUCUCCUCUCAGUGUGUGGGUUCCAGCGCUUCUUUGUUUAAAACAUUCAUGUUUUCAAGCACAUCUUGGAAGAUAAACAGGAUGAAUGAGAGUCCUGUGCUCAGUCUCUGCAGUCUCUGUCGCCGUGAACACCUUGGAUGCAUUUGUCAGAAUCACAGAGGCAGACUCCCGCCUCUGCUGGAACUAACACUGACAUGAGCAAAAGAGCACGGCACUGAAUUUCAGCCACGUAACCUUUCCCGCUCUGCUUGCAGGGAGGAAAAUUUGACAUCAUCGCACUGAUCGUGUACAUCGGCUCCACCCUCUCCUACUUUGGUUUGGCCACUGUAUUCAUUGACUUCCUCAUCAACACUUGCUCGAAUACAUCCUGUCAAUCCUAUUGCAAGUGCUGUGAAUGCUGCGCGGUCAAUGAGUAUUACUACAAGAAGAAGUGCGAGUCCAUUGUGGAGCCAAAGUCGACAUUAAAAUAUGUGUCCUUUGUGGAUGAAUUCCACAUUAGGAUGGUGGAAGAGCAGCUACUUGGGAGAAGUCUGCAAGAUGUCAAAGGCAAAGAAAUCCCAAGACCAUUAAUGGACUUCACAGACUUGUCCAGGCUGCCCCUGUCUCUCCAAGAUGCACCCCCCAUUCCUGGGCAACCAGAGGAAAUCCAGCUGCUUAGUGAGGAGGCAACAACCAGAUCCAGCAGCAGCCCGAGCUGGUGCCAGUGCGGAAAUUGCCUCCCAUCCCAACUGCCCAGGAGUCACCAAUGCCUGGAGGAGCUGUGCUGUCGGAAAAAGCCAGGUGUCUGCAUCACGACCUCAGAGCCAUUCAAGCAGCUCAUCCUGUCCAGACGUGCCCUGCAGUUCCUCCUGCUCUACCAGGAGCCCUUGCUGAAGCUGGAUGCGGAUGCCACCAACAACCAGCUGCGGCACUGCGCCUACAGGUGCUAUGCCACCUGGCGCUUCGGCUCCAAGGACCUGGCUGACUUUGCGAUCCUGCCCAGCUGUUGCCGCUGGAGAAUCCGGAAAGAGUUUCCCAAGAGUGAAGGCCAGUACAGUGGCUUCAAGAGUCCUUACUGAUGGAACAGAGCAGUCAUAGGCAAAUUACUUCUGCUUGCACCCCGAGCUUCAGCAGCCAAGAUCUGUGGCCAGAUUUCCUCCGCUGCCACUCUGCAUGUGUCAGAGAGCAGAGAGACCCGGGUAAACAAACAAACCAGCCAGAAUCCCUCAACAUGGACUGAGAGUCGAGAGAUUCAGACGUCUGUCUCAAUUUUGCCCCUGGGAAGCUGUGUGAUCUAAGCCCUUUAACCUCUGUACCUCAAUUGCCUUACGAUUCAACCUACUCUCUUACAGAGAUAUUGGGAGGAAAAUUGAGACAGUGUAUACAAGCUUUCUUGUUAAUGCACAGAGAGCUAUAUGAAUACAAAGCAACUCAUUAUAAGGUCAGACUAGGAUAAUGUCCAACUAUGAACAAACUCUUUGGGUCUUGAGUCCUGGUUGGAGAACGUGAAGGAUUCAAAGUGGCUACAAAUUCCUUGGCCUUUGUCUCUCAGGACCUGAAGGUUAUGUCUCCUCCCCUUGCGCAGCUCUGAUUGCUUAUCCAAUAGUGGAAGUGAUGCUGGGUCAGUUUCAAGGUCUUGGUCUUAGGAGGCUGGCAACUUCCACUCCCUGUCCCUUGACACUUGCUGUGCAGGAAGCCAGACCUCAGGUAAAAGUCUGACUAUCCUGAGACAGCCCUGCUGUGAGGAAGCCCAAGCAACCAUGUGGAGAGCAGAGAUGACCGACCAGUCCCAGCUUUCAAAUCAUAUAAGCCCAGUCACUAGGCAUGGGAGAGAAGACUUUAGACCCUUCCAGAGCCUGCUAACACAUGUCUGCAACUGCAUGAGACACCCCAAGUGAGAGCUGACCCAUGAAUGCACAGAACAAAAUUGUUUUAAGCCACUAAGUUUUGGGUUCUUUGUUCUAUAGCAGCAGAUAACUGGGACAAGAGAGCAAGCUGGACUCUUGGGGACAUAGACUCAGCCCAUACCUUCCCUGGUCCUAAAGGUCUCAGGGAGCCUAGACCACCUCUGGAGCCCCUUAGGGGCCUAGGUUCCCAUUCAGCAGUUCUAGGAGGGCUGCAGAUGGAAUCAGGUAACUCACCAGCCCAGCCCUGGAAUCCAUCCAAUUUAACUGCCACGAUGCCCAAUACAUUUCAAUUGCAUUACAUUUCUACGACUGGAAAUAACCACUGCUGUUAAGAACUGGAAAAGGCCGACUUUAAGCUUUUAACGUCUUGCGCUUUGCAGCCAAUUAAAGCAGAUGCAGUCUGGAUGCUACUCAAAAAGCAACCUAUACCCAAACCUUUAUCAUACCCAUACAUCAGCCUCUAAAAAUAUGCAAAUGGACAGUCCCAGGUUCUAGGAUCCUCCUGCAGGAUUUCCUUUUCAUGGUUUUGGCCCUAGAAUCGACAAUUUCUUAUAAGUACCGCGCGCUAACCGAUUGUGCCACUGGAGCUCCUAGAAUCGACUAUUUCUAAACAACUAUUGUGAAGAAUAAAUAGAGACCACUAUUCAAUACUGUGACUAAUGAAGGACCUGUCAGGUUUUUUAUACAUACUCUAAGAUUUACCAUUUUUAAUACUUUUUAAAAAAACAGCAGCUUUCUUUUGUGAUCCAGGAUUUUAUCUGGCUUUCAACUCAGGAAUCAAGCUCAUUAGGCCAGAUUGCACUGUCAUUUUUGCAACCUUUCCAGUAUAUUUUUUAAAAGUAGAUUAUAUAUAUAUAUGACUUCUUCAGAAUGGAGAUUCUUACUCCAGAAUUCUGUUAACAGCUACAGAUUUCCAUUCUGAUGGCCUCUGAGUCUUUAUGCCUUUAUUUUUGGGGGCCUGAUUCCUGAUGAGUUUCUGUCACCUUGUGGAGGCCCCAGAUAGAGGCAGAAUUUAGGGUGACAGAUAAUCACUGGAUCCACCUACUGUUCUCCUUCCCUUUCCCCACAUAUGCUUAAAGUGAGAGGGUGAUGUGUGACGUCAACAGUGUGUAAAAUGUCUGACACUUCCUACAAAGACAUGGAUCAUGUUUGAAUUUUUAUGUUUAGGCUCCUACAUAAAAUAAUGUCAUCGCCAAAGGCACACCAAGGAGAAUCACAUUUUGUAGAACCUGUCUUCUUGUACUUCAAUCCAUUCUUCUGUUAAUGGUAACUGCACAAUACUCACUGAUUCAUCUCUAUAUCAGAGAUGUGCUUCCUUGUAACACUGAUUUCAUGCAGAAUAGGUAAUGAACUUGCAUUUAUCUCCUUAGAGGAAACCAUUUUUAAAACACUUCCUAAUUCUAGCUUGGCAAUGUAGCUGUCAUAACCUGACUAUUUUGAUAAUAAAAAAUAAUGUAUAA